CGUCAUAAUACAAAAGGAAGAAGAGGUCAUCCAGAAGCUAGCAGCAGCUUUUCACCAUUCAAGUAGAUAAAAACUAGCAGUUUAAGGGAGUAACACUUUUCCUUUUAGCACUUAACUUAGUACUUCAAUCACUUGAGUUCUUGAAAAGAGUGUGCUUCGCAUUAAUCCCAAGUACAGCGUUUUCGUCUUGAAACUAACGCUAGAUAAUAACUUAACGUUAGCUAUGCUAGAUAACAGGCCGACGCUAACUCUAGCUAGUUAGCAUAACUAUUCGGUAACAUCAAGCAGUUAGUAUUUCUGAUGUCCUACUGAAGACAAUUAGCUUAUUACUUUAACAGAAAGUGUGUGGUUACUACAGAGCUGUUCGGACAAGAAACGUUAAAUAGAAACGUUUGUUCUUUUACAUCGUGCAGUCAUGGCUGCGGAUUGGUUGGGUAGUUUGGUUUCAAUUAACUGUGGGCCAACACUGGGAGUCUAUCAAGGAGAGGUGGUAUCUGUGGACCAGAUCAGCCAAACUAUCUCCUUAAGACAGCCUUUCCAUAAUGGAGUCAAGUGCCCUGUUCCCGAGGUCACAUUCAGUGCCAUUGACAUAAAGGAACUAAAGAUUUUAGAUAUCAGAAAUGGCAGUGUUAGGAACAGCUCUUCUGCAAAGGUAAACAGCGCUCCAGUUACGGUACCAAAGGGUGACCCCAGGUGUGUGGAGAAAAUUAACUCUCCUCAACACUGCUCUAAAAGCUAUGGAGACCGGCAUCUGGAUGUACCUGGCCAGCCAAAAGGAUUUCGUCGAAGACACAACUCCUGGUCAUCUAGUAGUCGAGGGGCAAACCAAGUGACACCAAAAAAGAACGGAGUGAAGAAUGGUCAGAUGAAGCACAGAGACGACGAGUGUUUUGGGGAUGGCAUGGAUGACGGGCUGGAUACAGACUUUGAUUUUGAAGGAAACUUGGCUCUUUUUGACAAAGCAGCAGUUUUCUCUGAAAUCGACACGUCAGAGCGCCGUAACGGUGCAAGGUCACGUGGGACACCUCAAGAACAGACACCCUCACGGUAUCGUCAUGAUGAAAACAUCCUGGAGGCCAAACCUAUUGUGUACAGACAGAUUACUGUACCACAGCCUGGUGCCAAGGAGUACUGCACUGACUCAGGGCUUGUUGUACCCAGUAUAUCCUAUGAACUACACAAGCGUCUGUUGUCAGUCGCUGAGCGUUAUGGUCUGUCACUGGAGCGAAGACUUGAGAUGACUGGAAUAUGUGCCAGUCAGAUGGCACUUACAUUGCUGGGUGGGCCGAACAGAUUCACUCCAAAAAACUUACACCAGCGUCCCACAGUGGCUCUGCUUUGUGGCCCCCAUGUUCAGGGAGCUCAGGGCAUCAGUUGUGGUCGUCAUCUUGCCAAUCAUGAAGUGGAGGUCAUCCUGUUUCUGCCCAAUUUUGUCAAGAUGCUUGACUCUGUCACCAGUGAGCUCACACUCUUCAACAAGACUGGUGGCAAACAGGUGUCAAGUAUCAAAGACCUUCCAGACACCCCAGUGGACCUAAUCAUUAACUCCCUGGACUGCCACGAGAACACGUUCCUGAUGGAUCAGCCUUGGUACCGAGCAGCUGCAGACUGGGCUAACCAGAACCGAGCGCCAGUGCUCAGCUUAGACCCUCCUGGUAGUGGACAGGGGCAGGCAGUCGAGGCAAAGUGGUCCCUCUCUCUUUGCCUCCCACUUCCCCUUGCUGAGGGUGCUGGCAGCGUUUACUUGUGUGACAUAGGUGUUCCUCGCCAGGUUUUCCAGGAAGUGGGAAUCAAGUACCAUUCUCCUUUUGGUUGCAAAUUUGUCAUCCCCUUGCACUCUGCAUAAUUUGACUAAUAGUCAACAAGACCAGUUAAAUCUUUCACCCUCCGUGGCCAUUUGGGUUUUGGCACCCUAUAUUCCUGAUUAUCAGCUGUUUGGUUUUUUUUGUUUUUGUUUUUUGUAAAGUUUAUUAGCUAAAUUGCUAACCCAUCAACAUGUGAACGGGACUUUUCCCCUCAUACUGAAGGACCACUGUUGAGUACAUUAGUUCUACAAGGACUAAGUUCAUAUGGGUGAGAUAGGAAAGAGCGUUAUUUGAAAAGUAAAUGUGUUGAGCAUUAGAGGCUUCAGCAGUUAUGUAGAUACCAUUGUAUUUACCAGAUAUUUGGAAGACAGGUUUUUCAUAAAUACAGCUGAAGCUUCAAAAAUACAACACAGUGUUCAUUUACAAACUGAGCAGGACAGUCUCUGACUUAAAAUGGAAAAUAAAUCUGAAUGUCAAUCUAACCUCAUUACAAAACGAUCUGGUGAAUAAACAGAACCACCAUAUCAAACAGGCAAAUGUGAUUUUAUUACAGUAAUAUGGAUGAGAAAUACAACUUACAUUGGUUCCAGCAUUGCCAGUGGCUUUACUUAUGGCCAGCUAUACUCUGCAGCACUUAGUUGCUGUUUGAUGUUUUAUUAGGAUAGAAUUUCCAUCUAAGCAAAUGUGGAAUAUUGUCAUUUGUGUGAGUAAUGCUGUGUUUUCAAACUGAACCAAUGUUGAAUAGGGCAGCUACUGGAGUGAAUCCAAAUAUCAGCAGUUUUGUUUGUCCAUGGUGAAUUAGGCUGUUAUAAGGGCUUAAAAGAGAUGACACAGCAUACAAAACCUCCAGCAAUCUUGCCUUUUACAUCUCCUGUUACAAGCACGACAGUGUGGCUAAAGAUAUUAGGUCAUUCUUUUAAAAACAAAUAAAGUCCUUGUCUAAACACAUGAAGCAAGAAACACAAGAUACUCUUGAGACGUCUGUUCCCAGGCUUGGUUCUAGUUAUUAGCGUUGUUAAAAAUGUCAAUGAGGUUUUCUUACUUCCGGAGCAGAAGUCUGAUGUUCCAGUUUCACUUCAGCUCUCUAUUGUAUUGGUUAAAGGACCAUACCAGAGUGUUGGCAAGUGUCAGUUUCUUGGCUACAAAUCCAAAUGUGUAUUUAACAUUUUUGCUGAUCUUGUUUUAAAUGCAAACUAGAGUAAAAUGUUUUGUUCAUAUAUGUAUAUUCCUUUGGUUGCCAAUUAUUACAGUACAGUAAAAAAAAAUCAAUUAACAGACUCUUAAGAACUCUUAUGUUACGUGAUCCAUCACAGCGAACAUCAAGUCUGCAGUAGUUUUGGUCAGUGUUGAAUCAUAUUUGUACGGUAGUGUAGUUUAAGUGCAGAUUUCAAAACUCUGCACUGCAUUACACUGAUAAAAAUGAACACUUGCUUGACAUUGUCUGUGAUGGACUUACGUUUCAGGAGUUUCCUAGUAGAUUUUUUUAUGUUGUAUGAAAAUUAAUAGAAGCCAGUUUAUGCCUGCCUUUGUAAUGAAUAAGCUAAAACAACCCACUGGUAUGGUUCCUAUUAAGAUUCAGAUCACGUGAUUGAAUUUUUACCUUGGCAGUUCGAAUGUUGACACUUUUUGAUCAAAGUUGUUUGUUUAAAUGCUCUGUAUAUGUGGGAUUCAAUUGUCAAGAUGCAACUUAGAGAACCCUCUUUGAACCAAUUAGAUUUGGUCUUUGUGAUUGGAAAUUGUUGAACAUUUUGUCCACCCUCUCCUGACAUUAUGGAGUACGCCUGUUUAUGUGCUCAACCGUUAGUGGUAUUUAUCAUAAAACUAAAGCACAGCCUGUGAAAUAUAAAUCGAGAAGAGCUGCUUGUUUUGUGUUGCUGCUUCUUGAGGCCUUGACAGAGAGGCUGUGAGCUUCUCUACUGCCAGAUAUUUUGUACAAUGAAAGUCAAACCCUUUGCUUGUUCUUUAACGAGAUCACAUUUUCAUCUGAAAUGUGUGCAUAACAGAAGCUGUCAUCUUAAGUUCACCAAUCUUUACUGGACAUGUGUAUUGUGCAGCAACAGCUCCUUAAAUCUCAUAUCAUUGAUGUAAGUGUAGUCUAGAAAAGGCUGAAGUUCACAGCUGCAGAGAUUACAAAUCAUGUAAUCUGGGAUAUGGUUUAUGGUGUUUUGUCCACACAUUAACUUGUUAAGGUCUUAGGAGGAUUAAAAAUACAUGCGUUAUAUGUUUGGGUUUUUUUUUUUUCUCUGUGCACAUCAGCCUGCACAGGGUGCAUAUGCUGACUGGGUGAAAGUGACUUUCAGGCACAAGGGUUUUGUCCGUUCUCCAGCAUUCCUCCGGCCUGAUGUGUUAUGUCACAUCUGUUGAGACAAGUCUGGCUCGAAAACAUCAGCCAGCAUUACCGACUGUGAAUUUAAGAUGAGUUUUGUUACUCUGUGGCCUCCAGGGGGCCACGAAACCACACUUUCGGUGGCUCUUCCUUAUUCUGCUGUAAUGGCAGCUUUAUGUACUUUAAUAGCAUUUCCUCCAAUAAUAGUGUAAUUUCUCUACGAAAUGUGAACAGUCGGACAUUAUGUGGUGAUCUGACAUAAAAGCAGCUUGUUUGAAAGUUGUUGUUUAAACGCAGGUUUUGCUUCUUUAGAAUCAAUAUACAUGUUUUAAAUUCUGAGCGCUUCUGAGAUCCGCACUGGGCGUUUAGGCCAUGCGAGGUCAGCUUGCAGUUCAGAAAAGUCGCGUUAACAGCCAGCGGUGGGAUUUUGUCUAGACAGGACAACCGUUUCCUUUUGGGAACGAAGUCCACUGUCAGGGUUCUCGUGCAUAAAACACUGUGCAGUCCUCUUGUUUCAUGUCUGUAGAUUCAAACAAUAAAACAAACGUUCACCAGA